AUGUCCUUCGAAGUUCAUCGAGCUGCGAGCAGGUUACCUAGGGACCCACCACCUCCAGCGCCCUCGUCUCUGGAGGAUGCAGUGUUGACGCCUUUGGUCAAUGCUUCUAUUUUCUCUCGGCUCACCUACUCCUGGGUCACUGAUAUAAUAAUUCUCGGAUAUCAACGCACAUUACAAGCAUCUGAUCUAUACAAAAUGGACCCAUCCCGAGAGUCGACCGUCCUUGCCGCUAAACUUGAAGCUGCAUGGCAACAACGUAUCAAGGCAGCAGCCGACUGGAAUGCACGACUUGAGAGUGGAGAGCUCAGGCCGUCUCUCUUCAAACGUAUCGGCUGGACCAUGCGUGCAAUUUCAAGGAUUAAUCAAAAACAAGGCGCGACUUUGUCUGAGCGAUAUGCAGCGUUUCACAACCAUUGGCGAGAAUGCGGAGGGCGGAAAGAGGCCAGCCUUGCUUGGGCUUUGAACGAUGUCUUUUGUGGUAUGUUCUGGAUUGGAGGUGUAUUCAAGGUCGUCGCUGACAUGGCACAGCUCAUGGUUCCUAUCGUCCUUCGGCACAUCAUUAUCUUUGCGCAGGAGCGUUCCGCUGCGACCAUUGCAGGAACACCUGCCCCUAAUGUCGGCCGCGGUAUUGCCAUGGCUCUUGGGCUCUUUGCGAUAACUAUGGUGUGCAGAGUCUGCUCCCACCAGUUCUUUUGGCAUUCAAUGGCUACAGGCGUACUGGCUAGAGCCGCGCUGAUAACAUGCAUCUACGAGCGUGGAGUGAAUCUCACGGGCAAAGCGCGCAUUAAACUUAACAAUGCCACACUUGUUAACCAUAUUUCUACCGACGUGAGCAGGAUUGACGCGUGUGCGCAGUGGUUUCAUGCAGCCUGGACCGCGCCUAUUCAGGUCACAGUUUGUUUAAUCAUUCUUUUAACUGAGCUCGGGCCGUCUGCACUCGCUGGUUUCUCGCUAUUUGUCCUCAUGAUUCCGAUUCAACAGCGGUUAAUGGCAGUGCAGCGCCGUAUUCGCUCAGUAUCGAUGAAAUGGACUGAUCAAAGAGCUAAAAUUCUGCUAGAGGUACUCGGAGCUAUACGAGUUGUCAAAUACUUCACAUACGAAGUUCCUUUCCUUCAAAGAAUCUUCGACCUUCGAAAGAAGGAACUGCAUGGUAUUCGAAGGAUUCUUCAUGUAACUUCGGGGAACUUGGCCCUCGCGGCUUCGAUGCCAGUCCUCGCUGCCACACUAGCUUUCGUCACAUACACCCUGACAGCACACAACUUCAACGUUGCUGUCAUAUUCAGUUCGUUCAGUUUAUUCCAACUUCUCCGGCAACCAAUGACGUUCAUGCCUCGCGCUCUAUCGGCUAUCCCCGAUGCAUCCAACGCAAUUCAGCGGCUUACGCACGUGUUCCGCGCGGAACUUAUUUCUGAAGAUACACUCGUGAUUGAUAAGGACCAAGAACCCGCGCUUCUGACCAAGGACGCGACAUUUGAGUGGGAGUCGUAUGCAAAAGAUUCUGGUGAGGCUUUCAGCUCGAAGGGUGCACGCGGCGGCGGUCCACCGAGGGGCAAGAACAGAGAUGUGAAGGAAGACAUGGCAAAGGAAAAGGAAAAGCCCGUUCCUGGAAAGGAUACACCUAUCUUUCAGGUAAAGAAUGUGACCAUGACCAUUCCACGAGGUCAACUUGUCGCUGUAGUUGGGCCCGUCGGGAGCGGCAAGUCCAGUUUAUUGCAAGGACUGUUAGGUGAGAUGAGGAAGGUCUCCGGGCAUGUCUCAUUUGGCGGUCGCGUUGGUUAUUGUCCACAGACCGCGUGGAUUCAGAAUGCUACGUUGCGUGAUAAUAUCACUUUUGGCCAACCAUUCGAGGAGGAUAGGUAUUGGCGCAUUAUCGAAACCGCUUGUCUACUUCCAGACCUCCAACUGCUCCCAGAUGGGGAUUUAACUGAGAUUGGAGAAAAGGGAAUCAACCUCAGCGGAGGCCAAAAGCAGAGAGUCAACAUUGCUCGUGCUCUGUACUUCGAACCUGAAAUUGUUAUAUUUGAUGACCCGCUCUCGGCAGUGGAUGCUAAUGUUGGAAAGUCCUUAUUCCAAGAUGCCAUCGUGGGUGCGCUGCGAAAUCGUGGCGUUACUGUCAUUCUGGUCACGCAUGCGAUCCAUUUCCUCUCUCAAGUAGAUUACAUCUAUACCAUGAACAACGGCAUCAUCACGGAGAGUGGGACCUAUGAGGAUCUGGUCUCUCGCGGUGGUGAUUUUGCACGUUUCGACCUAGAGUUCGGUGGCCAUGCGCCGGAGGGGGGAGAUGAAAACCAGGAAGAGGAAGUCACUCCGCAGACAUGCAUUACCAUCGAGGAUGUGAAGUUGAAGUCAAAAAGAGCCCAAAAGCAGGCUACUGGCAGUGGUAAACUUGAAGGUCGCUUGAUCGUCAAAGAGAAGCGUAUUGAAGUGUACUGGACCUACCUUGUUGCGGGCCGCGGUUCAAUAACAGGUCCCUUACUUCUUCUCAUCAUGCUUGCGAUGCAGGGGUGCCUGAUCUUCAACUCGUACACGCUAGUUUGGUGGGAGACCAACAAAUUCAACCGACCAAACUCGUUCUAUCAGACACUGUACGGCUGCCUAGGGGCUGGUCAAGCAAUUUUCACAUUCUUGCUUGGUGCUGGAAUGGAUUUCAUGUCCUAUUAUGUGUCUCAAAGCCUGCACCACAAGUCCGUACGCAACGUCGUUCAUGCAUCCAUGUCCUUUUUCGACACUACACCUAUGGGCCGAAUCCUGAGUAUUUUUGGGAAAGAUAUCGACAGUCAGUAUCUCGAUGAUGUAUGCUAUGCUAUGCUUGCUGAAACCUCUCACUCAGGUAUUGACAAUCAACUACCACUUAUCAUUACGCUGUCCAGCGUGAUGGGCUCUAUUAUCAUCAUUUCUGUCCUUGAACCGUACUUUGUUAUUGCUAUGUUUUUCAUCGUUCUCAGUUACAGCUACUUUACUGCCUUGUAUCGAGCUGGUGCUCGCGAAGUCAAACGUCUGGACUCAAUGCUUCGCUCUCUUCUGUAUGCCCACUUUUCGGAGACCUUGACAGGACUUCCCACAAUCCGAAGCUACGGAGAAACGAAGCGAUUUAUUGCUGCCAAUAGAUACUACGUUGAUCUGGAAGAUAGAGCACUAUUCCUCGUGGUUGCGAACCAGAGAUGGCUUGCAAUAAGGUUGGACUUCAUAGGAGCCAUAUUAGUCUUCAUUGUCACUCUUCUCGUGGUGAUCGACGUCUCCGGGAUAAACGCCGCCCAGAUAGGGUUGGUACUGUCGUAUACCACCUCGCUGUCACAAAUGUGUGGUCUGUUAACCAGACAAACAGCAGAUGUCGAGAAUCACAUGAAUGCAGUGGAGCGAGUGGCACAGUACGUCGCAGGCGACACGAUACCUCAAGAGGCUCCGUAUGAACUUCAAGAACAAAAGCCCCCGGCCCAAUGGCCUGAACAUGGCACCAUCGAAUUCAGCCACGUUAAAAUGGCAUAUAGGCCGGGCCUUCCCAACGUAUUGAGAGGUAUCUCCAUCAAGGUUAGGGGAGGCGAAAAGAUAGGCGUUGUUGGAAGGACUGGUGCUGGAAAAUCUUCAUUGAUGCUUGCACUGUUUCGGAUUGUUGAGAUGUCUGGUGGUUCAAUCACUAUUGAUGGUAUCGAUAUAUCUACAAUUGGUCUUCAAGAUCUCCGCUCCAAGAUUUCUAUUAUCCCACAAGACCCCAUUCUAUUUAGCGGGACCAUACGCUCCAACCUAGAUCCAUUCUCGCAAUACAGUGACACGGAGCUAUGGGAUGCACUGCGUCGAUCUUGUCUGCUUGAUUCCAGCACCACUUCGAAACAGUCAUUUUCCAGUGAUGGCGCCGGAAUCGAGCAAGCUCCCACCAGCCGCCACCACCUUGACAGUACCAUUGAGAGCGAGGGAGCGAACCUCAGUGUUGGGGAGAGAUCUCUGCUCAGUCUAGCUCGUGCGCUUGUGAAAGACUGCAAAGUUGUUGUGCUUGAUGAGGCCACAGCCUCUGUCGAUCUUGAUACUGACAGUAAGAUCCAGCACACUAUCCAAACGGAAUUCCAGGAUCGGACGCUACUUUGUAUUGCCCACCGACUUCGUACUAUCAUUUCAUAUGACCGGAUUCUGGUCCUUGAUGCCGGCCUUGUUGCUGAAUUUGAUACUCCAUCCAAUCUUUUCAAAACAGAGGGUGGACUUUUCCGCCAAAUGUGCGAGAGGAGCAACAUCUCCUUGAAAGAUAUACUAGAGUCGAGUAGACAGGUUUAAAUGGCCAAAUCU